AUGCAGCUGAUCUUGUUUGUUCUCUCGGCCUUUUGUGUGAGCGCUACAAGGGAUGCCCUCAGGGCAGACAGGUUUAUUUCUUGGAAGAAAAAGGAUUCGGAUCAUCGAGCGCCGUUUCUGGGACAGCCCGAGCAGAUCCAUCUCUCGUAUGGAGGUAACCCCGAUUAACAUUUAUUAAUGUGACCAUGUCCUCAUUCAGGUCAUCCCUCAACUUACUUAGUGACUUGGCUCACUUUUGAUGACACCCAAUCUUCGCAAGUCCAAUUUGGAGAUGAUCUGAUCAUGCGGUUUAAUGCAACCUCAGAGAUUUCCAGAUUUGUGGAUGGAGGAAAAAAGAAAACAGCUAGAUAUAUUCACAGGGCCGUUAUUAAAGGCAUCCAACCUGGAAAAAGAUACUGUAAGAAGGACUACUGAUAACAAUUGCUUGAUUACAGUCUACCGAGUGGGCAGUGACUUCGGAUGGAGCAGUCUCUACUCUUUCGUGGGACUGAAACAACGAGCGGAGGGGGGAUUUAAAGUGGCCGUAUACGGAGAUUUGGGGAACAUCAAUGCAAGGAGUUUGGGGAAACUCCAGAGACAAGCUCAAGACAGGGAGUUCGACUUGGUCAUCCACAAUGGUAAGAAUACAGUAAUCUUUAUAAACUUACAAACUCAUUGUUUCCUUAUUAUUUAUCACAUUUUAGGUGACUUGGCAUACAAUAUGGAUGACGACAAUGGGAAAUUCGGAGAUGAAUUUAUGCGACAAAUAGAGCCAAUGGCCGCUUAUUUACCAUAUAUGGUCAGCCCGGGGAACCAUGAAAAAAGAUACAACUUUAGUCACUACAUUAACAGAUUCACGAUGCCUGGAAGCGAUCACAACCUGUACUACAGGUAAGUUGAUGAAUAAUAAUCGAAACGUGCUUUAGUUUCGAUUUGGGAGACGCACAUUAUAUUGCAUACUCAUCCGAGAUAUAUUACGCGAACCAAUUUUAUGACAAGAGUCAUAUACAAAGACAAUAUGAGUGGUUGAGGGAUGAUUUGAAGGUAACAAUUGCAAUUAUUUAAAAAACUGUAUUUAUAGGAGGCCAAUAAAAACAGAGAGAAUGUCCCCUGGAUCAUUGUUUAUGGCCAUCGCUCCAUGUAUUGUAGUGACGUGGAAGGUGAUUGUACGAGGGUUGAAAAGAAAAUGAGAGAAGGGAUCGAUGAGUACAGUACCUUCGGAUUGGAGAGCCUCUUCUACGAGUACGGAGUCGACCUCAUAAUCGGAGCUCAUGAACAUAAUUACGAGAGACAUUGGCCUCUGUUUAACUUUACUGUAAGCAAUGGAUAAAAUUCAUUGCAACAACUUUAUUUUAAAGGUUUACAAUGGAACCGAAGGUCCGUACGUUGACCCUCCAGCCCCUGUUCAUAUUGUGACCGGCUCGGCUGGUUGUCAGGGGAAAACAAAUCAUUUCGCGGAUCCAAUUGCACCUUGGAGUGCCUUCAGAUCAAGUCAUUAUGGGUUCAGCAGGAUGCAGGUCUUCAAUAAAACCCAUCUUUAUUUCGAACAAGUGAUGGCUUCUGCUGUAAGUUUCUCAUUUAUAACAAGGAUUCGUUUGCAGGACAAAGUAGAAGAUUCGUUUUGGAUUAUCAAAUCGGAGCAUCGAGUCAGGGAUCCCAAGGAACUGCAGCAUUGGACCAAACAACAAUCGUACUUGAGUCUACUCAAAAAGCAUUGA